AUGGCAUCAGACGAGAUUGUCUGGCAAAUCAUCAAUCAGCAAUUCUGCUCCUUUAAACUGAAGACGACGAAAGCCCAAAACUUCUGCCGGAAUGAAUACAACAACAGCGGAUUAUGUAACCGCCAGUCCUGUCCGCUCGCCAAUUCACGCUAUGCCACCAUUAGAUCCAAUCCUGAAACCGGCGUUCUCUACCUCUGCAUCAAAGUCAUUGAACGUGCACACAUGCCUAGCAAAAUGUGGGAGCGUAUCAAACUGUCGAACAACUAUGCAAAAGCGCUCGAGCAAAUAGAUGAGCGAUUGAUAUAUUGGCCGAAAUACAUGAUCCACAAAUGCAAGCAGAGGCUUACGAGGUUGACACAAGUUGCAAUUUCGACAAGAAAGAUUGCACGAGAGGAGGAAAGACUGGGAGAGAAGAUUGUGCCAAAGCUCGCGCCGAAGAUAAGAAGGAGAGAGGCUACACGAGAGAGAAAGGCCGAGGCUGCUGCGAAGGUCGAAAGGGCAAUUGAGAGGGAAUUGAUUGAGAGGCUACGAAGCGGCGCAUACGGGGAUCGGCCCUUGAAUGUCGAGGAAGGGGUAUGGAAGAAAGUGUUGAAGGGUCUUGAGAGGCAGGGCGAAGGCAAGAGAGACAGAGAUUUUGAUAAAGGGAUUGAAGAGGAGGAAGAAGAAGAAGAAGAGGAGAUGGAGAAGGAGUAUGAAUUGGAAGAGGAUGGCGUAGGAGCUGUGGAGUAUGUGAGUGAUGAUGAAGAAGGUGAAGAUGAAGAAGAUCUUGGUGACUUGGAAGAAUGGCUGGGCGGGGAUAGUGGGGAGGAUGCGGAGAGCGGUACGGAUGACGACGACGAUGAAGAUGAGGACAGCGAUGAAAACAGUGGCAGUGAAGAAGGAGAGGGUGAUGAUAUACAGAAAACGGCUUCUGGGUCCAAGCGGAAACGUGCUCCGGUCAAACCGACGGCUCGAAAGGCAAAGGGUCCAAAGUUAGAAAUUGAGUAUGAGCAGGAGAUGGAGCCACCAUUGCGCGACGGAGUUCUCGCAAGGUGA